AUGGACAUGCAGUUUCCCAUUUUGGCGGGCGGUGAGUUGAUUGUCAUCCUACAUAUAUUGUGGAACCUGAACGAUAUAGAAAAAAAAAAGAUCAGUUUAUUUGAUCAAUCGUUACGUGGCAUGGCAUCCGACAAAUUCGUCAACCCUCAAAUGAUAAAUCAAUUAGAGCAAGAAGCAAAUGCGAUAACCAAUGAUUUAGAUUGCAUGUUAAAAAAAUUGAAAAUGAAAAUGUUUGAGGCCUCAACUAUAACUCGAGAAUCAUUUGAUGUAUACGAUCAGACAGUUACAAAUUAUUGCGCAGCUAUCGAGGAAACUGCGAAUAAGACUCGUGCAUUAAUCAAUAUGUGUGAUGCGCUUGAUAAAGAAUUUUCAAAUGUUAAUGCUUUGGCUAAGAAUAUCAAAUCCAUUAGAAAACAAUUGGACGCAUUGCAAUAUUCAAUAAAGUGA